ACAACAACAAUAUGUCGGAUGAAUUUAUUUAUGUCUGAUUGCAUUAAUGCAAAUUGAUUAAAGAGUAUAAUUAUUAAUUGCAUAUAUAAUAUAUAAUAAGUGAUAGUGUUAUUGUGUUAUAAGCAAAAAAGUUUUAUAAGAUAAAAAAAAUGUUUUACCAUAUUUCAUUGGAGCAUGAAAUAUUAUUACAUCCGCGAUAUUUUGGGCCCCAAUUAUUGGAUACAGUGAAACAGAAGCUUUUCACAGAAGUCGAAGGAACUUGUACUGGAAAGUAUGGUUUUGUAAUAGCCGUAACAACUAUUGAUAGUAUUGGAUCAGGUUUAAUUUUACCGGGCCAAGGUUUUGUAGUUUAUCCUGUUAAGUAUAAAGCUAUAGUUUUUCGACCAUUUAAAGGCGAAGUUCUUGAUGCAGUUGUAACACAAGUUAAUAAGGUUGGCAUGUUUGCUGAGAUUGGUCCUUUAUCAUGUUUCAUUUCCCAUCACUCAAUACCAUCUGAUAUGCAAUUUUGUCCGAAUAUAAAUCCACCUUGUUAUAAAUCAAACGCUGAGGAUAAUGUUAUAGCUGCUGAAGAUGAAAUAAGAUUAAAAAUUGUUGGAACACGAGUUGACGCUGGAGGCAUUUUUGCUAUCGGUACAUUGAUGGAUGAUUACUUAGGUCUAGUUGGUCAAUAAGUAGUUUAGGUAAAUUGAAGUGAUAUUUAUUUAAAAUAUUUUUCAAUAUUUUCUUUUUGUACAUCGUAACAUUUAUAAAUAAAGAAUUUAAC